AUGCCGUGUCCUAUCGGCACGUACCAGGACCAGAAGUGGCAGUACACGUGCAUCUCGUGCGGCGGCCACAACUACCGCACGGACUUCAUGGCCGCCACGUCCCCCCGCGACUGCAAGUUCCGGUGUCCGGCCGGCUAUACUCCCACCAACAACCAGACGAGCUGCGUGCCCUGCCCCCGGGGCACUUACCAGCCCAAGAAGGAUGCCACAGACUGCAUGCGUUGUGCGGGGGACAAGGUGGACACCCGACAGCCAGGGGCAACAUCAGACAAACAAUGCGAAGUUUUCUGCGACUCCGGUUACGAGAAACUGAGCAACGGCAGCUGCUCCAUCUGUGCCAUCGGCUUCUUCAAGAACAACAGCAUCGACACCUUCCAGACCUGCACGCGCUGCUCCGACCCGCGCUUCGUCACGCCGCACGAGGGCGCUGUGGGGGAGAUGCUGUGCACCGUGUUGAACUGUACCGAGGGCACACGCAUCAACUACGCCAAGCGAGUGUGUGAGGACUGCCCUCUGGGGACCUACCAGGACGAACCGUACCAGACGACCUGUAAGAACUGCUCCGCAGGAAUGAGUACAAGAAACAAUGGCACGAGACUGGCCUCGGACUGCGAGACGUUUUGCCAGAAUGGCUUUGAGAAGAACUCGGUGACAGACAUGUGUGAUGAAUGCCAGAGAGGUUUCUACAAAAACAACAACAACUACGUGUUCAUGGACUGCACUCUGUGUCCCACGGAGUAUGUCACCCUCAACAACGGGUCGAGCCAGUUGUCGGACUGCAUUGUUCGUAACUGCACCCCAGGCCAGUACAUCGCCAUGGGAGGCAUCAACUGCAACCUGUGCGACUACGGCCUGUACCAGCCCUACUGGUGGCAGUCGCAGUGUCUCAAGUGUCCACAGGACAGGACCACCCAGCGCCUGGGCGCCAUCAGCCUCAGCGAGUGCAUCCUGAGCUGUCCACCCGGCAAGGAGAACAAGCCGGGUGCCUACAACUGUACCCCGUGUGAACAGGGCUUCUUCAAGUCCAAGGAGGCUGCGGCUUCGUGUGACAAGUGUCCGGUGGGCACAACCACUCGUGAUGGGGGCGCCACCGACCAGAGCGAAUGCGAUCAAACAGCGUGCGAGGCAGGUUCGAUUCCCAGCAAGACUGACCCCAAGAUGUGCGCCCGGUGCCCCUUCGCCACCUACCAGCCCCUCCGCUGGCAGCAAGAGUGCAUCCGCUGCCCCGCCGGGUACACCACCCUGGUCCGCGGCGCCACCAGCAACAGCUCGUGCAUCUUGGACUGUCCCGCUGGUCAGCAGUAUCUGGAGAACGAGACAAGAUGCGAGAAGUGUCCAAUCGGCUUCUACAACACUGACCUUAACCCCGAAAGCUCCACCUGCGUCUUGUGUAGCCUUGACCUGAUCACUCCUUCCACGGGGUCAACUUCUGAACGGGACUGUAGCAUCCGUAACUGUUCACUUCCGGGUCAGUACCGUGACCCGCUGGCUAACGAGUGCCGUGACUGUCCACGUGGCCAGUGGCAGGACCAGAAAUGGCAGACCGGGUGCAUGAGCUGUCCCCCGGGUACCACGACCCACACCCAGGCAGCCACCAGCGAGCAGGACUGCCAGCAGGACUGUGCCGAGGGCAUGGAGCUGAGGAACGGUCAGUGCGAGAAGUGUCUUGUGGGGGAGUACCGCAACAAGAGCCAGAGCUGGGAGUGUCAGCCAUGUCCUGCCGGCCUCACCACACAGACCAUUGGGUCCUCCUCCCUCACCGACUGCCUCGUGUUAGGUGUUCUGGGAGUGACACACCUCACUGAGUCUCCAAAACUAAUUUAA